GUAGGUUUCCGCCUGAUGGGCAUUAGAGUCUAACAAUGCCCGUGGUGCAUACAAUGCUUUAUGUUUUACCUAAAAAUUGAUUUUUAUGAACAAAAAUAAUUUUAAUAUUAAUUAAAAAAUAGGGUCUACCUGUACAGGUAGGUAUACGUACAUACCUAUCUACAGAAAUUUAUCAAGUGACUUGCAGUGAUUAUUUAAGUUUGACUUUGAUGUUUCUGUCAGUAAGUCAGUUGGCAUUUUUUGUUUAAAUAUUUGCUUAAAAUGGAAGAAAUUCCACAAAAUAUAAGAGAAAAGGCCAUAAAAGCGACCGAAAAUCUUUUGCCAGUUAAAUCAAGGCAACAGUAUGAUCGGGAGUAUGGCAUAUUUGGUAUUUGGAAAGAUGCCAACGCAAUUGUUCAAAUAACCGAAACCGUUCUAAUGGCAUAUUUUCAGGAACUGUCGGAAAAAUACAGUCCGAACUCUCUCUGGACUAAGUAUUCUACCCUAAGGUCCACGUUAAUGGUCUAUAAAAAUAUAGACGUCUCGCAAUACCAUCGUCUCAUAUCUUAUUUAAAAGUUAAGUCGAAAGGAUAUGUCCCGAAGAAGUCUAAAGUUUUGGAAGGAGAACAAAUAAUAAAAUUUAUUAAGAAGGCUCCUGAUGAUAUCUACUUGGUACACAAAGUCAUAUUGGUAAUGGGUGUUUUUGGAGGUUUAAGACGAGAUGAGUUGGUCAAAAUGACCAUUGAUGAUAUUGAAGAUAGAGGAACGGUCUUGGUUAUAAAGGUACCAGAAACUAAAACUUCAACUUCAAAAAGUUUUGCUAUCAAUGAAGAAGAUUUAGGCGCUUUAAAUUUAAUAAAAAAGUACGCAGCAUUAAGACCAGCUGGAAUAAAGGAGCGAAGAUUCUUUCUUACCUAUAGAAAGAGUCGCUGUACAGUACAACCUGUUGGAAAAAAUACCAUAGGAAGCGUCCCAACAUUGAUCGCAAAAUUUUUAAAACUGGAUAAUGCAGAAGCUUAUACCGGCCACUGUUUGCGUCGCACAUCGUCAACUUUACUUGUUGAGGCAGGUGCUUCGUUUGAAAUGCUAAAACAACAUGGGAAAUGGAAAAGCUCUUCAGUAGCUGAAGGAUAUAUAGAAGAAAGUAUUUCAUCCAAAAAUAAAGUAGCCAAAAUGAUUGUCAAUUUAGUUAACUCCGAGGUUAAUUCCGUAUCGACUAUUGAAAAUUCUUUAAUGGACAAUUUACAAACUAUACAAAAUAGCGUUAGUGCUGCCACCUCUACCAUCACAAAAAACACCGACCAUUCUAUAGUGGGAUCAGCUACAUUUUCCGGGACAUUUCAAAAUUGUAAUUUUUAUUUUGGAAAUAAAAUUGGAUAAGCAAUAAAAUUUCCGGGCAUUAUCAUAAUGCCCCUAGGUGUGAUAGCAGGUAUUAUUGCUACCAUAACAUAUUCCGUUUCUAAGGUAUUAUAAAUCAAUAAUAGAUAGGUAAAACAUAAAAUACUUUAAUUUUAUUGUAACAGUAAUCACUGUCACAUAAAAAUUGUAUGUAAUAUCAUAAAUGUAGUGUAUGAAAAGUAUAUCGUAUGCUACACAGUGGCUAAUACAGAAGUGAUAUUGGGGUAAUU